AAUUGAUAUGUACUAUACAACGAAUAUCCAUCUGUAUCUAUGUCCAUUCGAUUCGCAAAGCACAUUUUUCCCACAUCUGCAAUCCAGUCCAAUCACCGAUUAACGGCAAUCAACUAAUCCCAUCCACUCAUUUAACCAAAGAAGGGAAUGACAGGAGCAGUAGGAGUCGGGGCUGCGCCGGACGGGGUUGGAGCGUCAGAAGGCUUGGGGAGCGAAGGAGAGCCAGUGGGCUUGGGGAGGUCACCGAAACCAGGGAAGCCGAAGCCACCAGUGGGCUUCUCGCCAGCCUUGGGGGUACCGGAAGGCUUGGCGGUCUCAGAAGGCUUGGGGAGCUCGCCAAUGGGGAAGGGGAUGAAGUCGCGCUUCUCCUGGUCGCCGCCAAACAGCUUGGCCAAGUCACCGAGGUCGGGCAGCUCGGAGGGCUUGGGGAGAUCGCCCAGGCUGGGGAGGCCGGAGCCAGAGGGCUUAGGGAGGUCCGAGGGAAUGGGGAACGGCAGGUCGCGCUUCUCGGAGUCGGAGCCACCACCGAACAGCUUGGCAAGAUCGCCGAGGUCGGGCAGCUCGGAGGGCUUGGGGAGAUCGCCCAGGCUGGGGAGGCCGGAGCCAGAGGGCUUAGGGAGAUCGCCCAGGCUGGGGAGGCCGGAGCCAGAGGGCUUAGGGAGGUCCGAAGGAAUGGGGAACGGCAGGUCGCGCUUCUCGGAGUCGGAGCCACCGCCGAAGAGGUCACCCAGGUCACUCAGGCUAGGAAGGCCAGAGCCAGAGGGUUUAGGAAGGUCACCCAAGCUGGGAAGGCCAGAGCCAGAGGGCUUAGGAAGGUCACCCAAGCCAGGAAGACCGGUGGGCAUGGGGAACAAGCCACGCUUCUCCUUGUCGCCGCCAAACAUCUUGGCAAGUUCACCGAGGUCGGGAAAGUUGGAGGGCUUGGAAAGGUCGCCCAAGACAGGGGAACCGGAAGACUUGGGGAGGUCACUCAAGUCAGGAAGACCAGAGGGCUUGGGGAGGUCGGAGGGCUUGGAGUCGCCGAGGCCAGGGAAGGGGAAGAGACCGCGCUCGUUGACACGAGUGGGCAUAGCGAGAGCACAGCUCACGAAACCCACGGUAGCAGCACUGCUGAACUUCAUUUUGAAAAGUGGUCAAAGAAAGACGUAAAAGAAGGCUAAGCUCCUAAAGAAUGGAAGGUAUGAAUAGUCACUGGAUGAAUGAGUGGUUGUCUGUUCGAGUCAAACGGGGAAUUCAGACAUCUUUAUAGUCGUGGGAUGCCGUGACAGAUCCGGUCUUAAUACUCCGUAGCAAUCGUCAUUUUACCGAUGCGA